AAAGGAUUAGCGGCGGAGGACGGGGACACUGCAGAGGGGCGGCGCUGGCUGUGGGAAGGGAGGCCCGGCACUGGCGGGGACCCCAGAGCCAGGGAUGAUCUCUUCAUUUUUAUUAGUAAACCUGUCAGCUUUGCUCAUCUCUGUUGUAUUUGGAGAAGCAGAAAUAAGAUUUGCUGGACAAACAGAAUUUUUCGUUAAUGAAACAAGUACCACAGUUAUUCGUCUUGUCAUUGAGAGGACAGGAAAGCCAGCAAACAUUACUGCCAUUGUGUCGCUGAAUGGCGAAGACACUGGUGACUUUUUUGACACGUACGCUGCGGCGUUUAUCCCCGCGGGAGGCACAAACAGGACCGUGUACAUAGCAGUGUGUGAUGACGAUCUUCCCGAGCCUGAUGAAACCUUCACUUUUCACCUGACAUUACAGAAACCCUCAGCAAAUGUGAAACUUGGAUGGCCAAGGACUGCUACUGUGACAAUACUGUCCAAUGACAAUGCAUUUGGAAUUAUUUCCUUUAGUGCGCCUUCAUCAAUCUCAGUGGCUGAACCAAGGAGCAGAAAUGAAUCUGUGCCCCUUACUCUCAUCAGGGAAAAGGGGACCUAUGGAAUGGUCACUGUGACUUUUGAUGUAUCAGGUGGCCCAAAUCCUCCUGAAGAAGAUUUGAAUCCAGUUAGAGGAAAUAUCACCUUCCCACCUGGCAGGGCCACUGUAAUUCACACCUGGACAGUACUUGAUGAUGAGGUGCCAGAAAAUGACGAAGUGUUUUUGAUUCAGCUGAAAAGUGUAGAAGGAGGGGCAGAGAUGAACGUCUCCCGGAGUUCGGUUGAAAUCACCGUGAGGAAGAACGACAGUCCUGUGACGUUCAUCCAGAGUGUCUACUUGAUUCCCGAGGAUGACCACAUCCUCACUAUUCCAGUGCUCCGUGGGAAGGACAGCGAUGGAAACCUGAUUGGAGCCGAUGAAUCCGAAGUUUCAGUCAGAUAUAAAGUUAUGACUGGGGAUUCAACAGCACAUGCCCAGCAAAAUGUAGACUUCAUCGAUCUUCAGCCAAACACCACUGUUAUCUUUCCCCCUUUUAUUCAUGAAUCACACUUGAAAUUUCAAAUAAUUGAUGACACCAUACCAGAGAUAGCUGAAUCAUUUCACAUAAUGUUACUAAAGAACACCUUGCAGGGAGAUGCUGUGCUGGUGGGUCCUUCUACGGUACAGGUCACCAUUAAGCCAAACGACAAACCUUAUGGAGUUCUUUCAUUCAAUAGUGUUUUGUUUGAAAGGCCAGUUAUAAUCGAUGAAGAUAAAGCUUCCAGAUUUGAAGAAAUCACAGUCGUUAGAAAUGGUGGCACCCACGGAGAUGUUUCUGUGAAUUGGGUGCUGACAAGGAACAGCAGUGAUCCCUCACCAGUGACAGCAGACAUCAGCCCCAGUUCUGGGACUCUCCAGUUUGCACAAGGGCAGAUGUUGGCAUCAAUCCCUCUUACCAUCAUUGACGACGACCUUCCAGAAGAGGCUGAAGUUUACCUCCUUAAGAUCCUGCCUCACACGACACAAGGCGGUGCUGAAGUGAGCGAGCCAGCACAGCUUCUGUUCUACAUUCAGGACAGCGACAAUGUUUAUGGAGAAAUCGCCUUGUUUCCCGUGGAAAGCCAGAAGAUUGAAAGCAGUCCGAGCGAGCGGUGCUUAUCCUUGAGUUUUAUGAGACUAGGGGGAACCAAAGGAGAUGUGAAGGUGAUUUAUUCUGCACUCUAUAUUCCCGCUGGAGCUGUGGACCCCUUGCGAGCAAAAGACGGCAUCUUAAAUGCAUCCAGGAGAGGCAGCCUCAUUUUCCCAGAACAUAACCAUCAAGUCACGACAAAAUUACCAAUAAGAAAUGAUGCGUUCCUGCAGAAUGAGGCCCACUUCCUAGUGCAGUUGGAAGCGGUGGUGUUGGUGAACAUAUUUCCCCCAAUUCCACCAGUAAGCCCAAGAUUUGGGAAAAUUAGAAAUAUUUCUUUAUUGGUUACCCCAGCCAUUGCGAAUGGAGAAAUUGGCUUUCUUAGCAAUCUUCCAAUUAUUUUGCAUGAACCCAAAGGUUCUACUGCUGAAGUGGUAUACAUCCCCCUACAUCGGGAUGGAACUGAUGGCCGGGCUACUGUCUACUGGAGUUUGAAGCCCUCUGGCUUUAAUUCAAAAGCAGUGACCAUGGAUGACACAGGUCCCUUUAAUGGCUCUGUUGUGUUUUUAUCUGGGCAAAGUGACACAACAAUCAACAUUACUGUGAAAGGUGAUGACAUCCCGGAACUGAAUGAAACACUCACCCUUUCCUUAGACAGCGUGAGUGUGGACAGUGAAGUCCUGAAAUCAGGAUACACUAGCCGAGACUUAAUUAUUUUGGAAAAUGAUGAUCCUGGAGGUGUUUUUGAAUUUUCUCAUGAUUCUAGAGGACCCUAUGUUAUAAAAGAAGGAGAUGCUGUAGAGCUCCGUAUUACUCGAUCCAGGGGGUCCCUUGUGAAACAGUUCCUACGCUACCACAUAGAACCCAGAGAGAGCAACGAAUUCUACGGAAACACAGGGGUGCUGGAAUUCACACCUGGGGAACGCGAUGUCGUGGUCACCUUGCUCUCGAGAUUGGAUGGCAUGCCAGAGGUGGAUGAGCACUACUGGGUGGUCCUCAGCAGCCACGGAGAACGGGAAAGCAAGCUGGGAGGUGCCACAGUUGUCAACAUAACGAUUCUGAAAAAUGACCAUCCUCAUGGGAUUAUAGAGUUCCUUUCUGAUGAUUUGACCACGUCAAUAAAAGAAAGCAAAGGAGAGGAUCUCUAUAGUGCUGUUUAUGGUGUAAUACGAACUCGAGGCAACUUUGGUGAUGUUAGUGUAUCAUGGAUGGUUAGUCCAGACUUUACACAAGAUGUAUUUCCUGUGCAAGGAACUAUUGCCUUUGGAGACCAAGAAUCUUCAAAAACUAUCACCGUUUACUCCCUUGCGGAUGAAAUUCCAGAGGAGAUGGAGGAAUUCACCAUCCUCCUAUUUAAUGCCACCAGUGGUGCUCAGACAGGGAACAGAACAACGGCCUUCCUGAGGAUCCUGAGGAAUGACGACCCCAUUUAUUUUGCAGAGCCUUGUGUCCUGAGGGUCCAGGAGGGUGAGACUGCCAACUUCACAGUACUCAGAAAUGGGUCUGUGGAUGUAACUUGCACUGUCCAGUAUGCUACCAUGGAUGGAGAGGCUUCGGGAAGAGAGGGAGACUUUGUUCCUGUCGAGAAAGGAGAAACCCUUGUGUUUGAGGUUGGGAGCAGAGAGCAGAGUGUAUCUGUCUAUGUCAAUGAUGAUGGAAUCCCCGAAACAGAUGAACCUUUUUAUAUAAUCCUUUUCAAUUCAACAGGUGACACAGUAGUUUAUCAGUAUGGAAUAGCCACAGUCAUAAUUGAAGCCAAUGAUGACCCAAAUGGGGUGUUUUCUCUGGAGCCCGUAGACAAAGCAGUGGAAGAAGGAAAGACAAAUGCAUUUUGGGUUUUGAGGCACCGCGGACACUUUGGCAACGUCUCUGUGGCUUGGCAGGUGUUUCAGAAUGUUUCUCUGCAGUCUGGACAAGAGUUCUACGAAACGUCAGGGACUGUUAACUUCAUAGAUGGAGAAGGAUCAAAAUCAGUAAUUCUCCAUGCUUUCCCAGAUGGAAUUCCUGAAUUCAAUGAAUUUUAUACUCUAAAGCUUGUAAAUAUUUCAGGUUCUGGAGGUCAGCUGGCAGAAACCAACCUUCAGGUGACAGUCAUGAUUCCAUUCAACGAUGACCCGUUUGGAGUUUUCGUCUUAGAUCCAGAGUGUCUAGACAGAGAAGUGGCAGAAGAUGUCCUGUCAGAAGAUGAUAUGUCUUAUAUUACCAGCUUUACCGUUUUGAGACAACAGGGUGUCUUCGGCGAUGUGCGGGUGGCCUGGGAGAUACUGUCCAGAGAGUUCACCGCUGGUUUGCCACCAAUGAUCGACUUUCUGCUGGUAGGAAUUUUCCCUGCUACUGUGCAUUUGCAGCCACAUAUGCGACGUCACCAGAGUGGAACAGAUGUCUUGUACUUCAGUGGACUAGAAGGUGCAUUUGGGACUGUCGACCCAAAGUACCACCCUUCCAGGAAUAACACAAUUGCCAACUUUACAUUUUCAGCCUGGGUAAUGCCUAAUGCCAAUACAAAUGGAUUUCUCAUAGCAAAGGAUGACGGCAAUGGAAGUAUCUAUUAUGGGGUAAAAAUUCAAACAAAUGAAUCCCAUGUGACUCUUUCCCUUCACUAUAAAACUUUUGGAUCAAAUGUUACAUAUAUUGCCAAGACCACAGUCAUGAAAUAUUUAGAAGAAGGUGUUUGGCUUCAUGUUUUAAUUAUCCUAGAUGAUGGCAUAAUUGAAUUCUAUCUGGAUGGAAAUGCAAUGCCCAGAGGAAUCAAGAGUCUCAAAGGAGAAGCCAUCACUGAUGGUCCUGGAAUACUGAGAAUUGGGGCGGGGAUGAACGGCAGUGACCGAUUCACAGGCUGGAUGCAGGAUGUGAGGGUCUAUGAGCGGAAACUGACUACUGAAGAGAUUUAUGAACUCCAUGCUAUGCCUGCAAGGAAUGAUCUACACCCCAUUUCUGGGUAUCUGGAGUUCAGACAAGGAGAAAAUAACAAGUCAUUCAUUGUUUCUGCAAGAGAUGACAAGGAAGAGGAAGGAGAGGAGCUAUUUCUUCUUAAACUGGUCUCUGUCUAUGGAGGGGCCCAGAUUUCGGAGGCAAACACUACAGCUAGACUGAGAGUCCAGAAAAGUGACAAUUCCAACGGCCUGUUCGGUUUCACGGGAGCUUGCAUACCAGAGAUUACAGAGGAGGGGUCCACCAUUUCCUGUGUGGUAGAGCGAACAAGGGGAGCUUUGGAUUAUGUUCAUGUUUUCUACACCAUCUCACAGAUCGAAUCGGAAGGCAUCAAUUACCUCGUUGAUGAUUUUGCUAAUGCCAGUGGCACCAUUACCUUCCUGCCUUGGCAGAGAUCUGAGGUCCUGAAUCUAUACGUUCUUGAUGAUGACAUUCCUGAGCUUAAUGAGUAUUUUCGGGUGACGUUGGUUUCCGCAGUUCCAGGAGAUGGAAAACUUGGCUCAACCCCCAGCAGUGGCGCCAGCAUCGACCCCGAGAAGGAAACCACAGACAUCACCAUCAAAGCUAGUGAUCACCCUUAUGGCUUGCUGCAGUUCUCCACAGGGCCGCCUCCUCAGCCUGAAGAUGCAGUGAGUCUGCCUGCCAGUCGUGUACCACACCUCACCGUACAGGAGGAGGAUGGAGAGAUCCGUUUGCUGAUCGUUCGUGCACAAGGACUCCUUGGCAGGGUUUCUGUGGAAUUUAGAACAGUGUCCUUGACAGCAUUUAGUCCGGAAGACUACCAGAGUAUUGCUGGCACAGUAGAAUUUCAACCAGGAGAAAGAUAUAAAUAUAUUUUUGUCAACAUCACUGAUAAUUCCAUCCCGGAACUGGAAAAGUCUUUUCAAGUUGAGUUGUUAAACUCGGGUGGAGGAGUGCCUGAACUCUUUAGGGUGGAAGGCAGUGGUAGUGGAGAAGGGGACGCGGAUUUCUUCUUCUCGCCUGUUCGUGCACACGCCAGUCUAGGAGCGGCUUCCCAGAUUCUGGUGACAAUUGCUGCCUCUGACCAUGCUCAUGGGGUGUUUGAAUUCAGCCCUGAGUCACUCUUCGUCAGUGGAACUGAACCAGAGGAUGGGUUCAGUACUGUAGUAUUGAAUGUUACCCGGACUCAGGGAGCUCUGUCCCAUGUGACUUUGCAUUGGAACAUAGACUCUGAUCCUGAUGGGGAUCUCGCGGUCACCUCUGGCAACAUCACGUUUGAGAUUGGGCAGAGGACUGCCGGCAUCCCUGUGGAGAUCUUGCCAGAUGAAGAGCCAGAGCUAGACAAGGCACUCACCGUGUCGCUCCUCAGCGUCUCCAGUGGCUCGUUGGGAGUCCUUACUAAUGCCACAUUGACAAUUUUGGCUAGUGACGAUCCUUAUGGGGUGUUCAUUUUUUCUAACAAAACUAGACCUAUCAGUGUUGAAGAAGCAACCCACAAUGUUACAUUAUCUAUAAUAAGGUUGAAAGGCCUCCUGGGAGAAGUUGCAAUCUCAUAUGCAACUAUAGACGAUAUGGAAAAACCACCUUAUUUCCCACCUAACUUAGCUAGAGCAAGUCAAGGAGGAGACUAUGUAUCAGCAUCCGGAUUGGCUCUUUUUAGAGCUAAUCAGACUGAGGCAACAAUAACUAUUUCAAUCCUGGAUGAUGAUGAACCAGAACGGUCAGAAUCUGUGUUCAUUGAACUAGUCAAUUCUACUUUAGUAGAGAGAGUGCAAACUCGCCCGAUCCCGCAUUCCCCACGCCUUGGGCCUAAGGUAGAAACCGUGGCCCAUCUCAUUAUUGUUGCCAAUGAUGAUGCAUUCGGAACAGUGCAGCUGUCGGCACCAAGUGUCCGUGUCGCAGAAAAUCAUGUUGGUCCCAUUAUCAACGUGACUCGAACGGGAGGAGCAUUUGCAGAUGUCUCUGUUAAGUUUAAAGCUGUGCCAGUGACUGCAGUUGCUGGUGAAGAUUAUAGUAUAGCUUCAUCAGAUGUGGUCUUGCUGGAAGGGGAAACCAGUAAAGCGGUGCCAAUAUAUAUCAUUGAUGACAUCUACCCUGAGCUGGAGGAAUUGUUUCUUGUGCAACUGCUGAAUGAGACAACAGGAGGCGCCCAACUGGGGACUUUAACGGAGGCAGUCAUUACUAUAGCGGCUUCUGAUGACCCUUACGGAUUGUUUGGUUUUCAGAAUACUAAAUUUAUUGUAGAGGAACCUGAGUUUAACUCAGUGAGGGUAAGCCUGCCAGUAAUUCGAAAUUCUGGGACACUCGGCAAUGUUACUGUUCAGUGGGUUGCCACCAUUAAUGGACAACUUGCUACUGGCGACCUGCGAGUUGUCUCAGGUAAUGUGACCUUUGCCCCUGGGGAAACCAUUCAAACCUUGUUGUUAGAGGUCCUGGCUGACGACGUUCCGGAGAUUGAAGAGGUUAUCCAAGUGCGGCUGACUGGCGCAUCUGGUGGAGGUACAAUUGGGUUAGAUCGAGUGGCAAGUACUGUUAUUCCUGCCAAUGAUGACCCUUACGGCUCAGUAGCCUUUGUUCAGUCGGUUUACCGUGUCCACGAGCCUCUGGAAAGAAGUUCCUAUGCUAACAUAACUGUCAGGAGAAGCGGAGGAUGCUUUGGCCGCCUCUUGUUGUUCUACAGCACUUCUGAUAUCGAUGUAGUGGCUCUUGCCAUUGAGGAAGGUGAAGAUGUGUUGUCCUACUAUGAAUCACCGACUCAGGGGAUGCCCGACCCCCUCUGGAGAACUCGGCUGAAUGUCUCUUCACUGGAGGAGGCACAGGACACCUGUGCCACUCUGUGUCUCAGAGAACAUGCUUGUUCUGCGUUUUCAGUUGUCAGUGCAACUGACGGUCCUCAGUGCUUUUGGAUGACAUCGUGGGCCAGCUUAACUGUGAACAGCUCAGACUUCUGGACCUACAAGAAGAACAUGACCAGGGUGGCCUCUCUUUUUAGUGGCCAGGCAGUGGCUGGUAGUGACUAUGAGCCUCUGACAAGGCAGUGGGCCCUGAUGCUUGAAGGUGAUGAAUUUGCAAAUCUCACUGUUUCUGUACUUCCUGAUGAUGUUCCAGAGAAGGACGAAAGUUUCCUAAUUUCUCUCCUUGAAGUUCACCUCAUGAACAUCACAGACAGUUUUAAAAACCAACCAACCAUAGGGCAGCCAAAUACUUCAGCAGUGGUCAUAGCGCUGAAUGGCGAUGCCUUUGGAAUCUUCAUUAUCUACAGUGUUAGUCCCAAUACCACGGAAGACGGCUUAUGUGUGGAAGUGCAGGAGCAGGCGCAAACCUCCGUGGAGCUGGCCAUCCACAGGACAGGAGGCAGCUUGGGGCAGGUGACUGUUGAAUGGCGUGUUGUUGGUGGAACAGCUACUGAAGGUCUAGAUUUUAUAGGUGCUGGAGACAUUCUUACUUUUGCAGAAGGUGAAACCAAAAAGACGGCUGUUUUAACAAUUUUGGAUGACCCUGAGCCGGAAGAUGACGAGAGUCUCCUGGUUCGUUUGGUGCACACGGAAGGUGGAAGCAGAAUCCUGCCCAGCUCUGACACUGUGACAGUGAACAUCUUGGCCAAUGACAACGUGGCGGGGAUUGUCAGCUUUCAGACAGCUUCGAGGUCCGUCAUAGGCCAUGAAGGAGAAAUUUUGCAGUUCCAUGUGAUCAGAACACCCCCUGGUCGAGGAAAUGUCACUGUUGACUGGAAAAUUGUUGGACAAAAUCUAGAAGUCAAUUUUGCUAACUUGACAGGCCAACUCUUUUUCUCUGAGGGGACAUUGAAUAAAACAAUAUUUGUACAUUUGCUGGAUGACAAUAUUCCUGAGGAGAAAGAAGUUUACCAUGUCGUUCUGUAUGAUGUCAAGACCCAAGGAGUCUUGCCCGCGGGAGUCGCUCUGCUUGACGGCCAGGGAUACGCAGCCGUACUGACGGUCGAAGCCAGUGAUGAGCCUCAUGGCGUUUUAAACUUUGCUCUCUCCUCAAGAUUUGUUUUACUACAAGAGGCUAAUGUAACAAUUCAACUGUUCAUCAACAGAGAGUUUGGAUCUCUAGGAGCUAUCAAUGUCACGUACGCCACCGUUCCUGGACUAGGGAGUCUGAGAAAUGAAACAGAAGGAACGCCAGCGGAGCCAGAGGUUGACUUUGUCCCUGUGACGGGCUUUCUGGUUUUAGAAGAAGGGGAGACAACAGCAGCCAUCAACAUCACCAUUCUUGAGGAUGAUAUACCGGAACUAAAAGAAUAUUUCUUGGUGAAUUUAACUCAUGUUGAUCUCAUUAUGGCUCCUCUAACUUCGUUUCCUCCCAGACUAGACUCAGAAGGCUUGACUGCCCAGAUCAUCAUCGAUGCCAAUGAUGGUGCCCAAGGUGUAAUUGAAUGGCAGCGUAGCAGAUUUGAAGUGAAUGAAACCCAUGGCAUUGUAACAUUGGUAGCCGAGAGGAGCAGAGAGGCCCUUGGCCAGGUUUCCUUGUUUAUGUAUGCCCAGAAUCUAGAGGCUCAGAUGGGGCUGGAUUACAUUUGCACUCCACAGAUUCUUCAUUUUGCUGAUGGAGAAAGGUAUAAACAUGUGGAUGUUGUGAUUCUGGACGAUGAUAUUCCAGAAGGAGAUGAAAAAUUUCAGUUGAUAUUGACAAAUCCUUCUCCUGGACUAGAGCUGGGGAAAAAUACAAUAGCUUUGAUUACUGUCCUUGCAAACGACGAUGGCCCUGGAGUUCUGUCCUUUAACAACAGUGCACACAUUUUCCUCAGAGAACCAACAUCUCUCCACAUGCAAGAGAGUGUUGCAGUGUUAACCGUCAUUCGGGAGCCUGCACAAGGUCUGUUUGGAACGGUGGCGGUUCAGUUUGUUGUGACAGAAGUCAACUCUUCAACACAGUCUAAGGAUCUGAUUCCUUCCAAAGGCUUUGUUGUUCUAGAGGAAGGUGUUCGAGCCAAGGCCCUGCAUAUCUCUGCCAUAUUAGACACAGAACCAGAAAUGGAUGAGCAUUUUGUCUGUACCCUGUUUAAUCCAACUGGAGGUGCUCGACUAGGGACCCAUGUUCAAACCCUGAUAACAAUUUUGCAAAACCAGGCCCCUUUGGGACUAUUUAGUAUUUCUGCCCUUGAAAAUAGUGCUACCUCUAUAGAUGUUGAAGAAUCCAACAGGAGUGUAUACCUCAAUGUUUCACGAACGAAUGGCCUUGAUUUAGCUGUGAGUGUGCAGUGGGAGACAGUGUCUGAGACAGCUUUUGGCAUGAGGGGCAUGGAUCUUGUCUUUUCUGUAUUUCAAAGCUUUUUGGACCAGACAGCACCUGGCUGGUGUUUCUUUACUUUUGAAGAUUCAGUUUACGGUGUGAUGCUCAGAAAAUCAUCGUUAGUUGUUUACCGAUGGCAAGGGACUUUCAUUCCAGUUGAGGAUUUAAAUAUAGAAAAUCCUGACACUUGUGAGGCCUUUAAUGUUGGUGUUUCCCCUUAUCUUGUCAUUACUCAUGGGGGGAAAAACGGAGAAAAGCCUUCCAUUAACAGUGUGUACACGCUCACUUCUGGAUUCAAAUUACUCCUGGUUCAGACAAUCAUUAUUUCAGGAAGUUGUCAAGUACAACAUUUCACCUCAGACAGUCAAGAUUAUUUCAUCAUUGCAAGUCAAAGAAAUGAUUCUGAGUUAACUCAGGUCUUCAGAUGGAGUGGAAGCGUCUUUGCCUUACACCAGACGUUGCCUGUCCAAGGUGUCCUGGGCAUGGCCUUGUUCAGCAGAGGAGGCUCUGUCUUCUUAGCCAUUUCCCAGGCUAAUGUCAAACGAAAUGCCCUUUUAUUCACGUGGUCUGGUAGUCGGUUUACUAACUUUCAAGAAGUGUCGGUCAGUGGGAUAACACAAGUGGAGGCUUUGUCUUCAGGCGAUGAUGUUUACUUAUUUUUUGCCAAAAAUACCUUUCUAGGAAAUCGAAAUUCAAUUGACAUUUUCAUCUGGGAGUUGGGGAAGUCAUCUUUCAGAUAUUUCCAGUCCCUGGACUUUGCUACUGUUAACAGAAUCCGUUCCUUCACACCAGCUUCUGGAAUAGUCCAUGUACUUCUAACUGGCCAACAACAGUCAGCUCUUUACUGCUGGAAUUCAGAGCGGAAUGAGUUCUCUUUUGUUCUGGAAGCACCUGCUGCUCACGAUGCAGCUUUUGUUACAGUGAAGUCGCUUAAUUCAAGCAAAACUUUAAUUGCUUUAGUGGGAGCUACUCACUCGCAUUUCUAUGAGCUGACUUACGUCUCCAGCCAGUCUGACUUUAUUCCUAGUUUAGGUGAACUGAUAUUUGAACCUGGUGAUAAGGAAGCAAUCAUAGCAGUAAACAUCCUUGAUGAUACAGUUCCAGAGAAAGAAGAAUCCUUCAGAGUUCAACUUAAGAAUCCAAAAGGAGGAGCAGAGAUUGGCGUCAGUAGUUACGUGAGAGUCAAUGUUCUGUCUAAUGACGAUGCCUAUGGAGUGAUAGCAUUUGCCCAGAAUUCAUUGCAUAAACAAGUGGAAGAAAUGGAGCGAGAUAGUCUGGUAACCUUGAAUGUUGAACGCUUGAAAGGAACGCAUGGUCGCAUAACUGUAGCAUGGGAAGCAGCUGGAAGUACCAGUGAUAUAUUUCCUACCUCAGGAGUGAUUUCAUUCACAGAGGACCAGGCGCUGUCUACAAUUACUCUGACUCUUCUUGCGGAUGAUCUGCCGGAGUUAUCUGAGGUCGUGAUUGUGACACUCACUCAGAUUAUCACAGAAGGGGUUGAAGAUCCAUCAAAAGCUGCUACUGUUGAUGAGAACAGAAGCAAGUCCAUGCUAACCAUCCUGCCCAGUGACUCGCCCUAUGGCGUGGUUGGCUGGCAUACUGAUUCUCUUUUCACCAGAGUGCCAGAGCCCACAGAGAACAUCACUGUUCUUCAGUUACACAUUGUUCGAGACAAAGGACUAUUUGGGGACAUUUCCAUUCAUUUGAUAGCGAAACCCAAUUUCUUACUGCACAUCAAUAAUCAAGCUACUGAGAAUGAAGAUUAUGUGUUGCAAGAUGCAGUAAUAAUAAUGAAAGAAAACAUAAAAGAAACUUAUGCUGAAGUUGCCAUUUUGCCAGAUGAGGCUCCGGAACUCGAGGAAGGACUCAUUGUUACCAUCACCGCGGUGAGCCUGGUGAACCCUGACUUCCCUGCAGAGCAGCCACGUGUGCGGAGGCCAAGGAUGGAAAUAGCGGAGAUAAUGAUCGAAGAAAAUGAUGAUCCCAGAGGGAUUUUCAAGUUUCACGUUACCAGAGAUGAUGGUGGAGUGAUUUCUGCUCAUGAGCUGUCUCCUCCCUUGAACAUUCUUCAAGUUCCUGUCAUCCGGCUGGCUGGAAGCUUUGAGACAGUACAUGUUUAUUGGAAAGCAACACCAGACAGUGCCGGCCUGGAAGACUUUCAGCCAUCUCAUGGGACUCUCCAAUUUGCUGAUGGACAAGUCACUGCACUGAUAGAAAUAACUAUAAUUGAUGAUGGUGAAUUUGAACUCACGGAGACAUUCAGCAUCUGCUUGAUGAGUGUGGCUGGUGGUGGCAGACUAGGUGACGAUGUUGUAGUGACUGUUGUCAUACCCCCAAAUGAUUCUCCAUUUGGAAUAUUUGGAUUUGAAGAGAAGACUGUAAUGGUUGAUGAAUCCCUUUUGUCUGAUGACCCUGAUUCAUAUGUGACAUUGACAGUCGUCCGGUCCCCAGGAGGAAAAGGAGCUGUCCUACUUCAUUGGGCUAUAGACGAGAAGGCCAAAGAUGAUCUCAGUCCUUUGAAUGGGACACUUCAUUUUGAUGAGACUGAGUCCCAAAAGACCGUGACAUUGCAGACACUUCAGGACAGCGCACUGGGGGAGGACAGGCGCUUCACCAUCGAGUUGAGAGCGGCUGAUGAGAUAGAGAUAUCUCCAAUGAAAGGUAGUGCAUCAAUAAUCAUUCGAGGAGAUAAGGGUGCAUCAGAAGUUGGGAUUGCUUCAUCAUCUAGACACAUCAUUAUUGGGGAACCCUCAGCAACAUAUAAUGGCACUGGCAUCAUCAGCCUUGUUCGUGGCCCAGGGAUCUCAGGGGAGAUCAUGGUGUACUGGAGGAUAUUUCCUCCUUCCAUGGGGGAGUUUGUUGAGACAUCAGGACAACUGACAAUUCAGGAUGGACAGUCUGAAGCUACUAUAGUAAUUCAGGCUUUGGAUGAUGACAUCCCUGAGGAGAAGUGUUCCUAUGAGUUUCAGCUCACUGGAAUCAGUGAGGGUGGAGUGCUGAAUGAAGCCAGUAUCACCGCCGACAUCACCAUGGUGGCCAGUGAUGGCCCCUAUGGGCGGUUCUCAUUUUCACAUGAGCAGCUUCGAGUCUCAGAAGCAGCGCAGAGGGUUAAUGUCACAGUUGUCCGCUCAGGUGGCUCUUUUGGACGUGUGCGAGUCUGGUGUGAGACUGAUAGCAGGACGGCCGAGGCAGGCUGGGACUUUGUUCCCACAUCAGGGGAGCUCCUCUUUGAAGCCAGAGAGAGGGCGAAAAGUCUGCAUGUUGAAAUCCUUGACGACAACCUUCCUGAAGGCCCCGAGGAAUUUGCUCUUGCCAUUACAAAAGUGGACCUCCAGGGAAGAGGGUAUGAUUUUACCAUCCAAGAGAAUGGACUUCAGAUAGAUCAACCUCCUGAAAUUGGAAACAUCUCCAUUGUUCAAAUCAUAAUAACGAAAAAUGAUAAUGCAGAGGGCAUCAUUGAAUUUGAUCCAGAGUACACUGCCAUCUCAGUGGAGGAAGAUGCCCUUGUGAUCACAGUCCCGGUGUUGAGGCUUCGCGGGACUUAUGGACAUGUGUCAGCUGAUUUCAGGUCCCAGGGCUACUCUGCUGUUCCAGGAGGCUAUGUCCUGCACGGUAGCUCAGUCGCCUUUCAGCAUGGGCAGAACCUGAGCUUUAUAAAUGUCUCCAUCGCCGAUGAUAAUGAAAGGGAAUUUGAAGAGCAGUUUGAAAUUCUGCUUACUGGAGUGACUGGUGGAGCAGUCCUUGGGCACCACCUAGUGAGCAAAAUCACAAUUACCAGAAGGGACUCUCCAUUUGACGUCAUCAGAUUUCUCAACCAAAGCAAGAUUUCUAUUCCUAACCCCAACUCCACAAUGGUUUUACACUUGGUGCUGGAGCGGACUGGAAGACUCUUGGGAGAGAUUCAGGUGAACUGGGAGAUCGUAGGGCCCAAUUCUCAGGAAGCCCUACCACCACAGAAUGGAGACAUUGAGGACCCUGUGAGUGGGACAGUCUCUUUCGGAGAGGGAGAAGGCGGGGUGAGAACCAUCAUUCUUACCAUGUGUCCUCAUGAGGAAACUGAAGCUGAAGAGACUUUUGUUGUUCAGCUGAAGCCUUCAAAAGACGCUAAGUUAGACCCCAGAGCAGAAGCUGUUGCAAUAACAGUACAAAAGUUUGGUGAUCCGAACGGAGUCGUUCAGUUUGCUCCGGAGUCUUUAUCUAAGAAGACAUAUUCAGAGCCAACCCCACCAGAUGGACCCACACUCAUUUCCUUCCAUGUGACAAGAGCCAGAGGCAGCUCUGGAGAGAUCACGGUGCACUGGGAGCUCAGCAGUGAGUUUGAUCUCACUGGAGACUUUCUUUUCACCAGUGGACUUUUUCUCAUUGCUGAUGGAGAGAGUGAAGCAAGCUUCGAUGUCCAUUUGCUGCCAGAUGAUAUACCUGAGAUACAGGAAGAAUAUGCUGUCCGGCUUGUUUCUGUAGAGGGAGGUGCAGAACUGGACCUGGAAAAAUGCACCGCCUGGUUCUCUGUGUCUGCAAAUGACGACCCACAUGGUGUAUUUGCCCUGUAUUCAGAUCAUCAGUCGGUACUGAUUGGGCAGAACCUCAUUAGGUCCAUCCAAAUUAAUGUCACCCGCCUUGCUGGAAUGUUCGGUGAUGUGACUGUUAGAUUUCGAAUACUGUCUGAUAAUAAAGAAGACCCCAUUGCUUCUGAAAAUGAAGAGAGACAGCUGGUGAUCAAAGAUGGCGCCAGAUAUAAAGUAGACUUGGUGCCUUUGAAGAAUCAGGUCUUCCUGUCGCUGGGCUCCAAUUUCACCCUGCAGCUGGUGUCUGUGAUGCUUCUGAGUGGACCUUUCUAUGGAACACCAACAAUUCUCCAGGAAGCAAAAUCAGUCCGUCUUCCUGUUCCCGAGGAAGCUGCCAAUUCCCAGGUUGGAUUUGAAUCCACUGCUUUCCAACUCACGGACAUCACAGUAGGCACCAGCCAGGUCCUGGUCUCCAGGAGAGGCACAUACGGCGGGCUGUCUGUGGCCUGGACCACAGGGUAUGCUCCUGGGUCCGACAUCCCUGAGCCUGUUGUCAUUGGCAACAUGACGCCAUCACUGGGGAGUCUUUCUUUUUUGCACGGAGAACGGAGGAAGGGGAUGGCGCUACGGACGUUUCCCAGCCCUGGUCAGCCCGAGGCUUUUGUCCUUCAUCUGUCGGGCCUGAGGAGCAGUGGCGCUGGUGGAGCCCAGCUUCGACCAGGUUUCACUACUGCUGAAAUUGAACCCAUGGGAGUCUUCCAGUUUUCCCCUAGUUCAAGAAAUAUCACAGUGUCGGAGGAUGCACAGACCAUCCGAAUACAUGUGCAAAGACUGUUCGGGUUUAAUGGUGAUCUGAUUACAGUCUCCUACAAGACGACCUCGGGAAGCGCCAAGCCUGGGGAAGACUUUGAGCCUGCUCAGAAUGGUGAACUUUCUUUUCAGAGAUUCCAAGCCGAGGCUGAUUUUGAAAUAACCAUUAUUAAUGAUCAGCUUCCUGAGAGAGAAGAAACUUUUUAUAUUAAUCUUACUUCAGUAGAAAGUAGGGGGCCGAGAAAGGGCGAUGUGAAUUGGAGACCUCGUCUAAAUCCAGAUUACAGUGUUGUAGUGGUCACCAUAGUGGACAAUGAUGACCUAGCUGGAGUGGGUGUCCCCACAACAGCAGUGAUGGUGACACUUGACAGCACUCUCCCUGCUGUAGAAACUGGUUCCACCACACGCCCUAACACAAGCAGGGUCACUGCCAUUCCAUACAGCACUGAGAUGUUUGCCGCUGUUACAGAGGCAACAGGUGUGCCUGUCACCUCCGAGAAGCCUGCUACCCCUGAGAAGCCUGCCACCCCCGAGAAGCCUGCCACCCCUGAGAAUCUUGUCACCCCCGAAAAGCCUGUCACCCCCGAGAAGCCUGUCACCCCUGAGAAGCCUGUCACCCCCGAAAAGCCUGCUACCCCCGAGAAGCCUGUCACCACUCACGGUGCUGUGUCUGAGAAGCCUGACUUGGCUCCAGAAACUGCUCAUGCUGCGGUCUAUGGAAUACUCAGCCUUGGACCUCCCACUGUUUAUGUGGCAGAGGAAAUGACGAACAGCACAUUAAGCACCGCAGAAAUCCUUAUCCAGAGGACUGGUGGGUUCACAGGCAAUGUCAGCGUAACAGCGAAGACGUUUGGUGGAAGAUGUGUUCAGAAGGAACCAAGUGUAUGGCCCUUUCAGGAUGCCUAUGGAGUUGCCAACCUAACGUGGGCAGUCGAAGAAGAAGACUUUGAAGAACAGGAGCUCACCCUUACACUUCUAGAUGGGGAAAGAGAACGGAAAAUAUCGGUUCAGAUUCUGGAUGACGACGAGCCUGAGGGGCAGGAGUUCUUCUAUGUGUUCCUCACAGACCCUCAAGGGGGAGCGCAGAUUGUGAGAGGAAAGGACAGCACAGGAUGUUCAGCCUUCGCUGUCGUCAUUAUCACAGGGAGUGACCUCCACAAUGGCAUCAUAGGCUUCAGUGAGGAAUCCCAAAGAGGCCUGGAACUGAGGGAAGGAGCUGGUAAGAGCAGACAGCGCCUAGUUAUCACAAGGCAGCCAAACAGGGCCUUUGAAGAUGUCCAGGUCUUUUGGCGAGUCACACUUAACCAAACAGCCACCAUUCUCCAGAACGAGGGGCUAAACCUAACAGAUGAGCUCCGGUUUGUGGCAGGAGUUACAACCUGCAGAGUGGGUCAAACAAGAUGCUUUAUCCACCUUGAGCUCAAUCCGGAGAAGGUGCCUCAAGUUGAAGUGCAUUUUUUUGUGGAGCUGUAUGACGUCACUGCUGGAGCAGCUAUAAACAACAGCGCCAGAUUCGCUCGGAUUAAAGUUUCCAAGACUGACGCACCUCAGAGUCUCCUCUCCUUCUCUGUGGGUUCUCGGCUGGCAGUGGCUCAUAAGAAGGCUACUUUGAUCAGUUUGCAGGUGGCCAGAGACUCUGGGACAGGAAGGAUGAUGUCUGUCAACUUUAGUACCCAGGAGUUGAGGAGUGCUGAAACAAUUGGUCGUGUUCUCAUAUCUCCGGCUGUUUCUGGAAAGGAUUUCGUGAGAACAGAAGGCACACUGGUCUUUGAACCUGGCCAGAGAAGUGCCAUGCUGGAAGUUGUGUUGACACCGGAGAGCGCGUCUUUCAAUGCAUUUCCUAAACGCUUCCAGAUUGUGCUUUUUGACCCAAAAGGUGGUGCCAGAAUUGAUAAAGUGUAUGGGACUGCCAACGUCACUCUUGUCUCUGAUGUGGAUUCACAAGCUAUCUGGGGGCUUGCAGACCAGCUCCAUCAGCCCCUCCAUGAAGAUGUUCUCAACAGAGUGCUGCACAACCUCAACAUGAGAGUGGCCACAGAGAGCACGGAUGAGCAGCUCAGUGCUCUGAUGCACGUAAUGCAAAAGAUAACAAUGGAAGGACAAAAUCAAGCUUUCAGUAUCAAAACCCGCACCCUUCUGUAUGAACUCCUUUGUGCUCUCAUUAACCCCAAACGCAAGGACACUCGGGGAUUCAGCCACUUUGUGGAGGUGACAGAGCAUUUUGCCUUUUCUCUGCUGACUGAUGUUACCUGUGGGUCUCCUGGUGAAAAAAGCAAAACCAUCCUUGACAGCUGCCCAUACUUGUCGAUCCUGGCCCUUUCCUGGUACCCUCAGCAAAUCAAUGGACACACGUUCGAAGGAAAGGAUGGUGAUUACAUUCAAAUUCCAGAGAGGUUAUUGGAUGUUCCGGAUGCAGAAUUGUUGGAUGGGAAAAGAGCAUGCACAUUGGUCCAGUUUGUGGAGUACAGCAGCCAGCAGUGGUUCCUGGCAGGAAACAAUCUUCCUGCCCUGAAGGACAAGGUGUUGUCCCUGAGUGUGAAAGGUCAGAGUGCACAACCCUUGCCUAACAACAAUGAGGUUCUCUACAGGAUUUAUGCAGCUGAGCCUAGAAUUGUUCCCCAUACAUCUCUCUGUCUCUUCUGGAAUCAGGCCGCGGCCAGCUGGUUGUCUGACAGCCAGUUUUGCAAAGUGGUUGAAGAUACUUCGGACUACGUGGGAUGUGCCUGUUCACACUUGUCUAUGUAUGCUGUUUACGCCCAGACUGACAACUUGUCAUCAUACAAUGAAGCUUUUUUCUCUUCUGGGUUUAUAUGCAUUUCAGGUCUCUGCUUGGCUGUGGUUUCACACAUGUUCUGUGACAGGUACUCGAUGUUUGCAGCUAAACUUCUGACUCACAUGAUGGCAGCCAGCUUAGGAACACAGAUUGUGUUCCUGGCUUCUGCAUACACAAGUCCCCAGCUCAGCGAGGAGAGCUGUUCUGCUGUGGCUGCUGUGGCACAUUACCUGUACCUGUGCCAGUUUAGCUGGAUGCUCAUUCAGUCCGUGAACUUCUGGUACGUGCUGGUGAUGAGUGAUGAACACACCGAGAGGCGAUACCUGCUCUUUUGCCUUCUGAGCUGGGGGCUGCCAUCUUUCGUGGUGAUUCUCCUCAUAGUUAUCCUGAGAGGAAUCUAUCAUCAGAACAUGCCACAGAUCUAUGGACUCAUUCAUGGUGACUUAUGCUUCAUUCCAAACAUCUAUGCUGCUCUGUUCACGGCUGCUCUUGUUCCUCUGAUGUGCCUCGUGGUGGUGUUUGUGGUGUUCAUUCACGCCUAUCAGCUGAAGCCACAGUGGAAAGGUUAUGACGAUGUCUUCAGAGGACGCACAAACGCAGCAGAAAUUCCUCUGAUUUUAUACCUCUUUGCUCUGAUUUCUGUGACAUGGCUUUGGGGAGGACUGCAUAUGGCCUACCGACACUUCUGGAUGCUGGUUCUCUUCGUCAUUUUCAAUAGCCUGCAGGGUCUUUAUGUUUUUGUGGUUUAUUUCAUUUUACACAACCAAACGUGUUGCCCUGUGAAGGCCAGCUACACAGUAGAAGGGAACGGUCACCCAGGGCCCAGCACAGCCUUCUUCACGCCUGGGAGUGGCAUGCCUCCAUCGGGAGAGAUUAACAAAUCGACCCAGAACCUCAUCAACGCUAUGGAGGAGGUACCGUCUGACUGGGAGAGAGCAUCCUUCCAACAGACCAACCAGGCAAGCCCUGAUUUGAAGACAAGUCCCCAGAAUGGUGCCUCAUUCCCUUCCUCUGGAGGAUAUGGCCAGGGGUCCCUGAUAGCCGAUGAGGAGUCCCAGGAGUUUGAUGACUUGAUAUUUGCAUUAAAAACGGGUGCUGGUCUCAGUGUCAGUGACAACGAGUCUGGUCAAGGCAGCCAGGAGGGAGGAACCUUGGCCGACUCCCAGAUUGUGGAGCUCAGGAGGAUACCCAUCGCUGAUACCCACCUCUGAGAGCCUCGCUGGCACUAACCGUCGGAAAGAGGAGCAUUUUCCUGUUUGCCUUGGCUUCUGUGCUAAACUCUGUAAGCACUCACAGCCAUGUAGUAGUGGUGUGUCAGUCACACGGAAUGAAUAACCCAGAAGUGAUUGUUAUGGUUGGAAUAUACAUUGCUUAGUAUUUGUGAAACUUAAGAAGUGACUGUUAUGAUAAAAGAUCAGAGCAUUCCUGUAAGUUACAAGGAUACACAUAGUCCAAAACUAUUAGUUGUUUCUUAGUCAUCCUAACUUGGCUAACAUUGUUUAAUGAAAAUAAUAAUCAAUAAAAGCAAUAGAAUCCA